CGAGCCGCUGUCCGACCUCAAAUGGAAGGAGGUGAAGCGAGCCGCGCUGCUGGAGAUGGUCGAAUACGUCACCUCGCAGCGCGGCGUCAUCACGGAAGCGAUAUACCCGGAGGCUGUGAAUAUGUUCGCGAUAAACCUAUUUCGAACUCUACCUCCGUCAUCCAACCCCAACGGAGCGGAGUUCGACCCGGAGGAAGACGAGCCUACACUGGAGGCGGCGUGGCCACACCUGCAGCUGGUCUACGAGCUGUUCCUCAGGCUACUGGAGUCGCCGGACUUCCAGCCCAAUAUCGCCAAGAAGUAUAUUGACCAGAAGUUUGUACUACAGUUACUAGAGCUGUUCGACUCGGAGGACCCUCGCGAGCGCGACUUCCUAAAGACAACACUGCACAGGAUAUACGGCAAGUUCCUAGUUCUCCGCGCCUACAUACGGAAACAGAUCAACAACGUGUUUUAUAGGUUUAUCUACGAGACAGAGCACCAUAACGGCAUCGCUGAACUGCUGGAGAUUCUUGGCUCCAUCAUCAAUGGGUUCGCGCUGCCGCUCAAGGAGGAGCACAAACUCUUCUUGCUCAGGGUACUACUGCCACUGCAUAAAGCCAAGUCGCUGUCGGUGUACCACGCGCAGCUGGCCUACUGCGUGGUGCAGUUCCUGGAGAAGGACCCCUCCCUGACGCAGCCCGUAGUUAGAGCGUUAUUAAAAUACUGGCCCAAAACACACUCGCCCAAAGAGGUGAUGUUCCUCAACGAGAUGGAAGAAAUACUGGACGUGAUCGAGCCGGCCGAGUUCCAGAAGAUCAUGGACCCGCUGUUCCGGCAGCUGGCCAAGUGUGUGUCUAGCCCGCACUUCCAGGUGGCCGAAAGAGCAUUAUACUAUUGGAACAACGAGUACAUAAUGUCGCUCAUAUCCGACAACGCAACGUACAUCCUACCGAUCAUGUUCCCUUCUCUGUACCGGAACACGAAGAGCCAUUGGAACAAAACCAUCCACGGGCUGGUGUACAACGCUCUCAAAUUGUUCAUGGAGAUGAACCAGAAGCUCUUCGAUGAGUGCACGCAGCAGUACAAGCAGGAGAAACAGAAGGAACGCGAAAGGAUGAUUCAAAGAGAGGAGGUGUGGCAGCAAUUAGAAGCGCGCGCCGCCUCCAAUCCCGCCUAUAGAGACGCGGCCACGGCGCGCGCGCCGCCCGACUUGCCUGGAGAUGAGCCCACUGUCGAUCUCACUUAUCAACGCGUAGAACAAGGCGCUAAGGAGGCGCGGAAGCAAGGCUACAACGCCAGCAAGCCGCUCCUCCGCAAGAAGUCCGAACUGCCCGCGGACACUUCCACCGUCAAAGCGCUCAUCGAGCACAAGCGCGCCGACGCCUUCCUGCCCACCCCGCCCGACGUCAACCAGUGCUAGCUAGCGCACGUACACGUACACGAUAACGGGGACGUACACGUGCACGAUAACGGGGACGUAUACGUACACGUGCACGGAGAGAUACACGUGGAAAGGUUGCGCGCGAGUCUAGGAGUACACAAUUGGCUGCAAGUGACGGUAAACUACAGGUUGCGAGACGAGGUAUACGUAAAAGGGAUUGAUAGAUUGAUAACGGAUAUGCUUAUGGUGAAUGUAAAGGAACACGCGAGAGACGUAAACGCAAAGAUACAACACUAUGAAUUCACAGAAAAUAGGAUGCGCGUUAGUGCUUUCGGUUACUGGUUUCCUAAAUUCUGCUCGAAUAUGAAACACAGUGCGUUACAGGUAAAUGGGCUAAACAAUAAGCUACACGACAAUAGAAUCACAGAUAGAUUAAACACUGGUAUAUGCCUGCUUAAUUCUCUUACUAACGGCAUCCACGAUUGUAGCUAUCUAGUACACGCUUGCCCAACAUAACAAAAGCGUUAGAGACUUUGGUAAGCUAAAGAUCGCAUUUCAAAGAAAAUAUACUUUUUAAUUUAUGUCUCUCACAAAUCUGUAGCAUGUCUUUAAGUGUGCUUUUUAGGCAUUUUUAUAGCUGGAAUUUACUUAAAUUGCAAGAAUAUAGUUUGUAAAUUAACAUUUUUUUUUGUUUGAUUAGGUACAAUCAUUACCACUACAUACGUAUAAAUAGCGUUUGCGAUAACAUUGAAUAGAUAGAUACUGAAGAUUAUAGAAAUAGAUAGGAUAAUUGUUGGCUAUAACAUUGUCAAAUUACGGCCAAGCCUUGAGUGCUAUAUACAAUAACUCGUGGUUAGAUAGAUUUGGUAUUGACAUAUUCAUACAUUGUAAAUAGUUUUAAAAGUUGAUAUUAUCUAUGUUAUUGUAAACUAUACAACAUACAAUAUUAAUGUUCUUAAUACAUGCGUAAUCUUUACAACUUUUUUAGUAGCAAUAUCUGGUUAAAUUUUUCUUUUUCAAACAUUGCUGAAGAUUGUGAUUGUGUUCAUAUUAUGAAAUUAACAAUCACAUAAAGUACAAAUAUUUCAGUUAAUGUUAAAUAAAUAAAUUCGAUGCUAUUGUCUAAUAUAAGCUAUACGUAACACUGACGCGUGCCUCUUUCAAUAAUUACCCUCCUUCUUUUUAAGGGUCUGGCUACACUUGUACGCCAUUUUAUCUUAUAACUAGAAAAAUUUACCGUUUACCCUAGGAAUAAAGUCGUUUGUUCUUUGCUGUGGGAACCCACGCCAUAUGUUGAUAACUCGAUGCUAAAGAAAGCCAACCAAUGUAGUUCAUACCCGAAUUGAAUUUAUAAGUGUUGUUUCGUAUUUUACCAGAGCUAAGUAAAGCGUUUACGUGUUUAGGAUGUUAGUUACUGAAAUGUUACAUUGCAGCCAAUUGUGCGUCUACCCACUUAACACUCGCGUGCAACGGGGGUCAGUGAGUACAUGUGUGCGAGCGAGAGGACGCUCUACGAGUGACACGUGAAGACGCAUUGUGGUCUAUAUUUAAUAUAUUAGUUAGUACACAUAUAAUUAAAUUGGUAGUUUUGUUGAUGUUUUAUAUUUCACUCGACGUCGACUGCUGUUGGUUUGGGCCGCGAUUCCGACGGGGCUUGCAACUUGCAACUCGUUGGAUUUGAAGCUCUAAUGCUUGCAAUGUUCGCGUUAUUUGCGACCAAUCAGAGCUAUAUAAAUAUGGUUAGAAUAGAGAGAUUGAUGACGUUGUUCUUACAGCUAAAGUCUGGUCCGUGAGCACGUAGAAUUUUGUCCAAUGACCCCAAGCUACCCAUCCUUAUCGCUCGCGUGUAAUUAUGUUGCUAUCGCGCUCGCACACUCACUGCGGGUGCCAGUCGCACAGUCGCGACAGCAAUAUAAUUACGCGCGAGCGAUAAGGAUGGGUAGCUUGGGGUCAUUGGGCAAAAUUCUACUUGCUCACGGACUGGGGUUUAGGCGCUAUUCUAAGCACGUUUUUAAUAGCAGAAUUGGGCAUCGAAAGGCGUCCAAUUUGCGUACGCGCAUGAUCGGUCGCCAGUGAAGCGAUGUUGCGUAAUGAAGUACUAAAUAGAACUAUCAUCCGUCUCAUCUGUAUAUCCUGCUAACGUAAGUUCUUAAUUGUUUUCAAUGAUAGUGUACCUUUGAAUAUUUUUGACCGGUUCAAUAAACAAGUGCGAAAAUAUCGAAGGCAUAAUAUCGCUUGUUGAAUGUGAACUUUGUAUUUCAUUAUGCGGUGAUUAUCUUUAGCUGUGAGUGGUGAGUAAAGGACUAUUGCUGGUCAAUACUUGUCUCGAUGUACAGUCCACAGCACAUGAACCUAUCGCAAAAUGACUUAUCCCCACAAUGCAUUUUAAACUUUAUUGUCUAUAGGAUAAGGUUCAAUUUCAAUUGAGGAAAUUUGAUAUUUUGCUGUAGGUUGACGUGCUCUCGACUACACCACUAUCCGCCCGCUUUUUAGGGCGAUUCGUUCAUAACUCAGAUGUAGCAUCGAAACGUCAAACAACACUAUUUGAAAGGUAGACGUACUAUUUGAAACAAUCUGCCCUAUAACUGAUUAUACACUUUAUACAAACUCUUUUCUGAGGAAUUAUACCUAAUGGUCUGACGUCACUGUCAUAGAGACUGAAUUGUUCAAAUGAACCAUAGCUACGAUACAUUUUCGAUUCUACAUUAGCGUUUAUAUGGUCGCCUUUUCAUUGCGUUACAUCUCGUGUAAGUAAUAGGUUAAUGCACCAUUCCACUGGAGAUCCACCUGCGUCACGUUAUCGUUUCGAGUCGGGUUCCAUCUAUCGGUAAUAUUGUCAAAGGCACAUGAACAAUAAGGAUUUCAAUCGUUGAAAGCAGAUUGCAGAGCAAAUUAGUAGAAAAUUUCAUUUCAAACAGGGUGUUUUUCAUUUUGGAUGCAUUUCACGUUAUGCUAAGGAUAUACAGUUCAAAAUCCAUUGGUUGGAAUUCGCAAUUUUGUAACAGAAAUUGAAACGCUUCGUUGUUGUAAUCUGGACCAAUGCCGACAGGUGCGACCCGGCCCACAGCCGACACCGAUGUAUAACUAGUUGUAGUAGCGAUCAUGUUUAUACAACAGCCAUAAAAUUAGUAUAAUUUAUUAUUAAAACCAAAUAUAUGCAAUCUUUAACGAUAUGUCUGUUUGACAUGAAUUCCAACGCUUGUUUUUGUAUAUUUAGAUCGUUAAAUCGAAUAAAAUUAUUGUAUUUGUGUAUUAAUCAGAAUAAAUGUGAUUAGUUUAUUUCAUUCAUUCCUUUCAUGCGACUAACUUAAGGAUAAUAGAUUAAUUAAUCCACUAAUCACAAAAUAUGCUAUUUUCAUAAAAAGUAAAGUCAUGUAUUGUUUACUUUAUAUUUUUAUACGUACUUUAUAAUUAUGAACGUAACAUCUAGCCUAAUUUUAAUAAUAUCGGUCUUUAUGUCAAGCAUUGCAUAUCUCCUUUUAUUUUAUAAGGGAAAUGUAAAGGCAGGGUCGGUUCUUUAUAUUUUGCCAUUCAUCUUAUGAAUAAAAACUGUUCGCAGUAUCACCCUGCCUAAACACAUUCCGAGUUUAGUUGUAAUUUGUAAAGCAUACUUUUGAAAUUAUUUAAAAUAGAGCAUUAUUUAAUAAUGGGCACCCAAGGUUUGCAUUUCAUGUUACAUUUAAUUUACUUUAUUAGAGGGUAGCGUGCCAAAUGAAUUUGCAUUGCAUUUUCGAGGUACUUUGAACCUUAUCAAUAAUACAAUAGAGUUUAUUUGUGUUAUUGGUAAACUUCAAAAAGUUGGAAAUCUAAUCGAAAGAUUUCAGGGAGCGAGCGGCUUACUAACAUGCCGGUAUGGAAGCACCUAAGUAUUUAAAAAUAAUUUAUUUUUAUUUAUACAUUAUCAUACGCCACUACUUGGUCUAUAGCUGUAAAUCUCCGACUGUGUAAAAACUAUGUUUUCAUCUGUAGAGGUUUAAUAAUAUUUUGUACUGGAGUUAAAGUAUAAUAAGUGUUCGGUACUUAUGAUUAAUUUUGUAGGGAGUAAAAUUUCCCAAUUGGGGAGAGUAAAAAUUGCAAUAUUAAAGGCUUACAAUAUUAUUUUGCAGUAUGGCAAUGUUAAUCAAAUGUUUAAUUUAUAGAACCUAAGUAUCCCUAUAAAAUUAAUCAAGUACCUCUCUAGUAAUCGUUCAGAUAAGAGCAAGAGUAACUGUGAGGGACUCUUUGUAAUCCUCGAAUUCACAUUAAUAAAAUUUAAGAUUAAAAGCUGCCAGUCUCAAAUAAGAUUUUAUUUCAAAAUAAUCAACUUUCGGUACAAAAAUUAAGAAACACUAUUCACAUAGAAGAAGCUGGCGACUACUUUAUGUGGUAGCUAAUAUCCAACAAGAAUUUUUUCUUUUUUAUUCUAUCUGCGAUCAGCCGUCAGCCUUUAUCAGAUUAGAUGAAUUCGCAUUAAUGACUAAUCCAACAAGGAUUGUUCUGAAACUAGUGCCCAAAACUAGUUUGAAACUCGAAGAUAUAAUUUUGAUACUGGCAAGCCACGUGUUCCUCACAGUUACUUACUAAAAUAAAUGUAAAUUUCAAUGAGCGUGAAGCGUGAAUGAACAGAACCUCACAUUUAGCGAAUUAUUUGCAAAGCUGUUCAACAAAUUGAUAAAUUUUGUAUAAAUAUUUAUAACGAUAAUGUAACUGUUGAAAACAAAUAAUGUAACAGAUGACAUAUUAUAAGGUGCUUAUGAUUAUCGUUAUAAUACAAAGUUGUGCAUAUA